UUUCCAAGGAGGUCUGUAAGAAAAGCCGGUCUUCUACUGGCAGUUUCUGAGAGAGAUACGCUUUCCAUCCAUGGCAGCCAUUUACUUUUGCUCUGGGAGACAUUUGUAAUAGAAAAGGCGCAACUGGGGUAUUUAUUCAUUUCCCCCCCAUUCCUCUAGUGCUUCCUGGCGUUGCCAUUGCAAGUGGGCAGGGCUAAAAUGAACUGAUUAUCUCAGGAUCAUGGAAAACCUGGAAUCAAGGCUCAAGAAUGCCCCCUAUUUUCAUUGUGAGAAGGGAACUGAUUCCAUCCCUCUAUGCCAGAAGUGUGAGACGUGUGUCUUAGCCUGGAAGAUCUUCUCUACCAAAGAGUGGUUCUGCAGGAUCAAUGACAUAUCACAGAGGAGGUUUCUAGUUGGCAUUCUGAAGCAGUUAAAUAGCUUGUAUUUGUUACACUAUUUCCAAAAUAUCCUUCAGACCACACAGGGAAAGGAUUUUAUCUAUAGCAGGUCCCGGAUCGACCUCAGCAAGAAAGAGGGGAAAGUUGUGAAGUCCUCCUUGAACCAAAUGUUGGAUGAAACAGUAGAACAGAAGAUGAAAGAGAUCUUGUACUGGUUUGCGAACAGCACCCAGUGGACCAAGGCAAAUUAUACUCUGUUACUGCUGCAGAUGUGCAACCCCAAAUUACUGCUCACUGCUGCCAAUGUGAUCAGAGUCCUGUUUCUGAGAGAGGAGAACAAUAUCUCAGGUAAACAAGGCCACAGGCAGAGACUAGAGGGCCCCCGAAGACCAGAAGGCAAGGCUUCAGAAAUCUGGCUCAAUCAAGACAUCAGAGAUGUGUGUUUUUCCCCUGAGAAAGACCACAGCUCCAAGUCUGCGACUUCACAAGUCUAUUGGACAGCCAAAACUCAGUACACAUCCCUUCCUUUGUCCAAAGCCCCAGAAAAUGCACACUUGCUUGGGGCAGCAUCUAACCCUGAGGAACCAUGGAGGAAUUCACUCCGGUGUAUUUCCGAAAUGAAUACGCUGUUUUCUGGAAAAGGAGACAUAACCAAGCCAGGGUACGAUCCCUGCAAUCUAUUGGUUGACCUGGAUGACAUCAGAGACCUGUCUUCUGGGUUCAGCAAAUACCGAGACUUCAUCCGUUACCUGCCCAUCCACCUCUCCAAGUACAUUCUAAGAAUGCUGGAUAGACACACCCUGAACAAGUGCGCCUCUGUGAGCCAGCACUGGGCCACCAUGGCUCAACAGGUCAAGAUGGACUUGUCAGUGCACGGCUUCAUUCAGAACCAGAUUACCUUCUUGCAGGGGUCCUACACAAGAGGAAUUGAUCCUAAUUAUGCCAAUAAGGUUUCUAUCCCAGUUCCUAAAAUGGUAGAUGACGGGAAGCGCAUGCGUGUGAAACAUCCAAAGUGGGAGCUGAGAACGAAGAAUGAGUACACCCUGUGGACUGCAUACCAGAACCAGGAAACGCAGCAGGUCCUGAUGGAAGAGAGAAAUGUUUUCUGUGGGACCUACAAUGUUCGCAUUCUCUCUGACACGUGGGAUCAAAACAGAGUCAUCCACUAUUCCGGGGGAGAUCUGAUAGCUGUGUCAUCUAAUCGAAAGAUCCAUCUUCUGGACAUCAUACAAGUAAAAGCGAUACCCGUUGAAUUCCGAGGCCAUGCUGGGAGUGUCCGGGCCCUCUUCCUGUGUGAGGAGGAAAACUUUCUCCUGAGCGGGAGCUAUGACCUAAGUAUCAGAUACUGGGAUCUGAAAAGUGGGGCUUGCACACGAAUCUUCGGUGGUCACCAGGGGACUAUCACUUGCAUGGACUUGUGUAAGAACAGGCUCGUAUCUGGAGGAAGAGAUUGCCAGGUAAAAGUGUGGGAUGUAGACACAGGGAAGUGCCUGAAGACGUUUAGACACAAAGACCCCAUCUUGGCCACCAGGAUUAAUGAUACCUACAUUGUGAGCAGCUGUGAGCGAGGGGUGGUGAAAGUGUGGCACAUUGCCAUGGCCCAGUUGGUAAAGACUCUCAAUGGCCACGAGGGAGCCGUGAAAUGCCUGUUCUUUGACCAGUGGCAUCUCCUCUCAGGAAGCACUGAUGGCCUGGUCAUGGCCUGGAGCAUGGUGGGGAAGUACGAGCGCUGCCUGAUAGCCUUCAAGCAUCCCAAGGAGGUGCUCGACGUGUCGCUUCUCUUCCUCCGGGUCAUCAGCGCCUGUGCAGAUGGCAAGAUCCGAAUUUACAAUUUCCUCAACGGGAACUGUAUGAAGGUGAUAAAAGCCAAUGGCAGAGGCGAUCCUGUGCUGUCCUUCUUUAUUCAGGGCAACAGGAUGGUGGUCAACACAGAGAGCAAUGUUCUCAUGUUCCAGUUUGAGCACAUAAAGUGGCAGUAUGCUGUGGAAAAAACGAAACAAAAGAAGAAUAAGGAGAAAGAGGAGGAAAAAGAAGAAAAUGGUCUCAUGGAAAUUCUCUCUAAGUGUAAUGUUCAGGUUCACAGCCCAAGAGAGUCUGUAUCCAGUAAACAAACUGUGAUCCAAGAGCUCCUACCAGGCAAACCUCCCAAGUCCCGAGUACUCCUGAAGCCGGCCAAGUUCUCUUCAGCAGUGUUAACAGAGGAACUUCAAAGUCAAGGAAAGUCAAAAUCACCCCAAAGAGAUGAUGAUGUGGAGAAGGCACAAAAACAAGGACAAUUGGAAACUCCUGGAAAACCGCUCAGUCACCCAAAGAAAAAGUCUUGGAAAAUCCCUAUGUCACCUGACCAAUUCCUCCUGACUGUUAGCGCCCUGCAGCAAGCCCAUAAUUCCGGGGAAUUUGCCUAUCCCUGUAGGCCCCAAACAGAAAUUAUUGAUGUCUGGGGACCUUCAAUUUCAUACCCAAGGAAGGUCUUGAAUUUCAAAGGAAAAUCAAUCCAACGUGCAGUUGAUCAGUUGAGAUUCAGCAAUCCUUCUAUAGAUGUGAAACAAACCAGUAUGCCCCUUGAAAUCCAGAAACUGCAGCCCAACUUGAAGAUCUCUUUGCACAGUCCUAGAGUCCAGUCCACCAUACCCCAGCCCAUGAUUAUCCGCUCCAGGUUCUCUGGCAGCUUAAAGGGUGGAGACCAAAUGACCAGUUCAAUUGAAAGGGCUGUGUGCAGUACGGGUCCCCUGACCAGUAUGCAGGUCAUUAAACCAAACCGCAUGCUGGCGCCACAAGUGGGCACAGCUACCCUGUCUCUUAAGAAAGAACGGCCUCGCAUCUACACAGCCCUUGAUCCUCUUAGAGUGAACACUGAGUUCGUGCUGUUGACCGUGAAAGAGGAGAAAGAGCACCAGGAAGCCAAGAUGAAGGAAUAUCAGACCAGGGAGUCCACUGGAGUGGUUGAUCCAGGAAAAGCCAGCAAAGCUGCAUGGAUCAGGAAGAUCAAAGGCCUGCCUAUUGAUAAUUUCAUGAAACAAGGGAAAACAGCCGCCCCUGAACUUGGAGAAAAUGUAUUUAUCUAAACCAGCCUUGGGAAAUUACAAUGUUUUACAAUAAACAGAAAGCCA